CCCGUGCCGGGAGUGCUGCGGAAAGUUUUCAUUUGUGUGGUUCACGGUGUCGAUCGUUUCCCGCGGGCGGGUCGGGGCUUCCUGAGCCCUCUCCUCUAGGCGUGGACCUUCCUCUCCCCUCGUCGUCCCCGCGGGAGGAGCGGCGAGAGACUUUCGGCGAUGGCUUCGGGGGGCUCGGAGGCGGUGACGCAGCGGGUGGCAGAGCUGGAGGAGGAGCUGCGGGGGCUGGCGGAGCGGCUGAGCCGCUGCCAGGCUGAUAAAGAAUUUGUGUGGUCUCUUUGGAAACAUCUCCAGGUGUCCAAACCAGAUCUUACUCAAUCUGUCAGUUUGGUUGCGGAAAGAGAAAAACAGAAAGCUAAAGUCAAGGGCAGAAGUAUUUUAGAGAUUUUGCAAGCCAAAGACAGCAAAAUAAAAUCUCUAGAACAGAGGCUCACAGGACAGCAGCAAGAAAUAAACAACUUAAUGCAGAGAAAAAGUGCUGUGGAUGAGGAAAAUGCCCGUUUGAAGAAUGAAUUCGGUAACUUGAACUGGAAAUUUAAAGAUAAAAGCCAAGAACUUAAGGACACUGAGGAGUGUGCACAGAAGAAGGAAGAGCAAAGCAGACUGGUUAUAAUCCUGGAGGAGGAAAAUAAGGGAUUAAAUAUAUGCUGUGCUGACCUGCUAAGUGGCCUGGAGAAACUGAGGAAGCAGGAGGCACAAUGGUAAAAAGAAAAAUCUGGCAAUGAUGCCAGAAUAGAGAAUUUGGAAACUGAUUUAGCAGAGAUGAAAAAAAUAAAAAGUUUACACAGUAUAUGCAGUAAUUUACCAUCUCAGGUAGAUGUGAAACAGGAAGAACUUUUCCAAAAUAAUUGUGAUGUGUUUGGAGCUAAGAAGGAGUUAGAGGAGCUACAGAAUCUUUACAGACAAAACAUUGAAGAUACAACACAGCAGGCUGAGCUGAUAAAGCAGCUAGAGGCUCUCAAUGCUGAUUCACAAAAAGUACUGCAAGACCAAGAAUAUGCUCACACAGCUAAAACAACAUAUCAAAAAUCAAUGUUUCUAAAGGUGUUAAAUAGAUCCUUUGAGUCACUCCAAAAAAAAAAGGAAAGACAGUAUGACGUGUCUUCACUGGUAUUUCAACAGCCUUCUUUAAGUGAGCUAGACUGCUGUGUUACUAUGCAAGAAUCUGAAAUGGAGCUUUUACAGAAAAAAUUGAAAAAAGCAAAACUUAACCUAGCAGAGCAUAAUUUGUACACUACAGAUACUCUGUAAAGCAGCAAUAUAAGGACUGGAAGAAAGCAUGAGAUAGGGUAGUUUUAUUGUCUGAAACCACCUGUGAAACGUUCAAGGUCUCUGUCCCCAAAGAGCUCUUUUAGAGAGUCAGAGGAGUCCCAAGAAUCUUAUGAGCUAAGAGCAGCCUAUGGAAAACACGAAGAAAGGCUGCAGAUGUUACAGACCAACUACAGAGCACUAAAAGAGCAAUUAAAGCAGUGGGAAGAGGGUGAUAGCAGGCUUUAAAAUAGUAAAAGCAGAUACCAUAAUACAGGUUCCUAUUAGCUUUGUCAAGAGGAUCCUGAUGUGAUAUGGAAUGAACUGGCUCUUUUAAAAAGGGAGCAAAAAAAGCUGCUGAUUGAGAAGCUGAAUCUUGAUGAAGAGUUUUAUCAGAUGAAAAUACACCAAUUUGUGAAGCCACUUUUUAAACUUAGUGAAGAUAAUGGGGUCAAGGGUAAUACUCCAAAGAGGUAUAUGAGAGAAGUUUCACACGAGAUGUUACAGAAGGUACAAGGACUAGAAAGAAGAUUCAAAGCUAUUGAAGGGGAAUUAAAGAGACAGAUAAAUGAAGACUUACUGAAUGAAAACAAUUAUUUGAAAGAAUCUUUAAAAGUGGAAAAGGAAGAUGCAGACACAAGAAAAAGAGAGCUGGAAACACUACUUAAGAGGAUUUGUGAAGUAAAAAAAGAAAAAGCAGAAUUUCAGUUAGUAAUUGAUGAGAAGGGAAAAGAAGCAGCCUCUUUGAAGAGGCAAGUGACAGAAGCUAACAAGUUGAGAAAUGAAAGUGAAGAUUUGCUGAGUCAAGUGCAGGAGCAGAAGUGUUUGCCGGAUAAAGCCAAAGCAGUGGCAAUCUCUGGGCAAUGUAAUUGCAAGAUAACAGGCACCAAGGUUAAAUUAAAAGCAGCCAAGAAAAAGAGCUCUUUGGGACAUCAUGGAGCUUUUCUCAAACAGUCCAUCAAGGUUAUGAGUAAUGUAUUUGAGAACUUCAGUAAGGACAGCUGGGAGGAUGUGAGUGAAAGCAGUGACUCUGAAAUACCAACUUCCAAAAGUUUGUAAACAGUGAUUAUGAAGACAGUGCAAAAUAUUGAUCCACACAGAAGUAAACAAGAAGAAAAAAAUGAACAGAGCAAAAAAGGAGAAAUACCACUGCCUCCAGAAACUGUCCGGGGCUACUCUGUUACUCAACUACAGGAAAAAAUUAAGUCACUGCAGAAGGAGAUAGCUGUUUUACAGAGAAAAAAGACAGCAGUGGAUUUCAUUAAGAACGAUAAAGAAAGCAAUGAAAAAUUAACAAGUCAUCUGCCUUUGGCUUAUCAGAGAUUUCAAGUUAAUAUACUGGCCAUAGAGGUAAAGUACUUUAAAUUAUAGUGUGUUGACCUCAACCUGGCCAAGUGGCAACAGGAGGAGGAAGAUUUACAAGGAAAAUUAAAGUUGAGGGAACAUCUGUCUCAAACUGCUGGCAAGAGUGAAGCUACACCAGCUCCUUCAAAGAACACUGAUUUAGAGAUGAAACAGCUGCAGUGCAAACUAAAGAAUUCGAACACUGAGAUCACUAAGCAAUCGACCACCAUUAAGUCACUAAGGAAACAAGUCCUGGAAAAGGAAGAAUGGAUUCGCGAACUACAGGCCAAAAUUUCUCAGUUGGAGAGGGAUUUUACUGUGAAAAGAUAUUUGAUAGAAAAAUUAAGGUUUCAUCUAAAAGAAAAUCAAGAAAAUGAGAAAACCUCAAAUGAAACACCGGCAAGUCUUGAGAGAAAGGUGAAGGCACUGGCUGAAGGAAAAGCUUCCAUUGACUCAAUGAAACAAAGAUUUAAUGUAGCUAUGAAAGAGAAGUCUCAGUAUGAGCAGAUGUAUCACAAUGCCAAAGAUGAUUUGGAGAAAUAGGACCUUGAGCUUAUUAAACUAGGGAGCAAAAUUAUUGAGACUGAAUGUUCUGUGACUGAACUUGAGACUGCUGCCUCUCAACAACUACAUGGUAAACUAUUACAGUUACAGGUUUUGGAAACUCUAAAGAAGGAGCUGCUGCUCACUAGUGACAGAGCUCAAAACAUUUUAUUUUUUGCUUAUGUCUUCUAGACUCUAACCAGAGAGUUACACCACAGCAUACAAGAGCAGAGAACAAAAGUUAAACUGGCAAAAAAAAUGGAAGAAAUGAAAGCAUGCAAAAAGGGUCUUUCCCAAGAGAGUCUUCAGUUGGCAGCAUCUAUCCUUAAUGUUUAAACAACUAAUCUUUACGAAAUAGUACAAGAAGGAGAUGAUGAGGAAACAGAAAAGACAGAAAUGGAAUUGGAAAAAGAUAAAGAAUGUCUGUGGCAUAUACAGAAACUUAUUGAAGCACAGUUUCCUUUUGCCUCAUACUUAAUGGAUGAUAUACUGGAAAAAUUAAAUGAGAAGUAAAAAUUGGUAGAAGAGUACAGUUCCCUCAUGAAGCACAUUGUAUGA